GUUGAUAUCAUAAUGUUCUGAGGGGGUUUCCUGACGUCAUUGAAGUAUUAAAUAUUCAGACGGAGCACAGAACUAUUCAGUGUUGUGUUGUGUGUGUUGUGACUACCAGUUAGUGUCCUGUGCGUAAACGUAAAAUGAAGCCACUACUUCAAACAGUGGUGGCGAUAAGUCUGCUAUUAGCAGUACAAGCACACCCUGAGAACAUAGAAGAUGUUAAGGAACUCCCACAAACCAAAGAACCAAUCGUUGAGGCUGAAGAAUCAGAACCACAGAAGAGACUAGAAAGAUGUAGUACAUGUGGACCCCUUAACAUUAAGUCUCCCAAAGAAGUGUUAGCGUCGCUUCAAGCAUUACCAGGUGCUGAAGUUCACACACAGCAGUCUUUCGAAGGAUGCUCCAGCGAAAAAGGUUGUGCUGGUGUUAAAGUUAAGGACGGACAAGUCGUCCAAAGGUAUGGAAACGCCAACGCCUUUAAAGCUGCAGAAGCAGCAGACACAGGCAAUGAAUUCAACUUCCUGACCGCUGGAACCCUGGCUGCAAACCCCUUCUGGUGGAUGAACCAAGAUGGGCCAUUUAAAAAUGGUAACUUUGAAAAGUUCAGCAAAUCAAGCUUCACCAGCUCAAGCUCAGGCUCAAGCUCAGGCUUAAGCGGAGCCCUAAAUCUAGCAGCGAACCCGUUCUUGAACGGAGACUUUUCGAACGUAGCCACAAAACCAAACUUCCAAUCUUCAUCAUCAUCUUUCGAAUCCUCAUACAGUUCAAAGGGAGACUUGGAUUUAGCCAAGAACCCCUUCUUGAACGGCGGCUUUAAGGCUGGAGCAUUCGGAGCGCAAAACGCUGGAGCAUUCGGAGCACAAAAUGCUGGAGCAUUCGGAGCACAAAAUGCAGGAGCAUUCGGAGCGCAAAAUGCUGGAGCAUUCGGAGCACAAAAUGCUGGAGCAUUCGGAGCACAAAAUGCUGGAGCUUUCGGAGCACAAAAUGCUGGAGCAUACGGAGCACAAAAUGCUGGAUUUGGAGCUGGCUUAGGCCAAACAAACGUAGCAGCGGGAGCUGGAAACUAUGCGGCUGGAUCUAACAGCUUUGGUGCCCAGUCAAGUUUCGGUGCUCAGGGCAACUAUGGCGCUUCAAGUCUUGGAACAAACUAUGCUGGAGCAGGUGUAAGACCGAUCGGUGCAGGUGGAUCGAAUGUAAACCUAGUCCAAACAGCACAAAAGGCGUCAGACUUUGACUUUUCUCAGCAAACUCAACAAAACAUUGAUGAGCUGUUCCAAGGAAGUGGCAACGUAGAUACUUCCGGUGGUGACUUGCAGCAAACCUGUGCUGGCCAGGGCUACAUAUGUGUACCCAGGGCUCAGUGUAACAAUGGAGUUGUAAACAGCAACGGAGCUAACGUUCUUCAGGCGAAUACUAAGAAGCAGUACUGCAGCAUCAGCACUGAAAUCUGCUGUCGUCUUGAAGUCGCUACCGUCAACACCUUUGGUCAGACCAACCUCUUCCAAUCAAAUAAAGGACUUGGCACAAACGUACCAAUUGUACCAACACCCAACAUAAUCGAAACCGACUCAUUUUCCGCGGGAAGUGAAAACAAUGGUAUUUACCGCCCAGGUGUAGUUGGACUAAAACCUGGUAUUCCUUACCUUCCUCCAAUCGACAACACAAACCAACCUAGCAACAUCAUACCAUCUACUUUCCCUCCACCAAUCAUCACUCCACGCCCACUUCCCCCACGUCCUAUUACCGUAAGACCGAUUACUCCAAUUAUCCCAAUUACCUCAACAGCUGCACCUGGUUAUUUACCACCCAUUGGGGAGCAGACGAUCAACAGAGAGACAAUCGUGCCCCCGAAUCCCAAUUACAUAGAAGGCUCGCUUAUUCUCGAUCAAAACAGACCUGGACCAACUCGACAACCCGUCCCGGUGAUACCAAGUGAUAUACCAGCUGGUUGCGCUGCUGCACUAAAAUGUACACCAAUCGAAUUCUGUACCGCUGAAGGAGUAAUUUCGAACACAUCUGUCAUCCUCUCACGAGACCAGGACGCAUACAGAGUACCACUUACUGACUGCAGAGAUAUAGAAACUGGUCGUUUAGGAAAAUGUUGUCGUGAUCCAUUCUACACUGACCCCUGGCCCACCAACCAAUUGGGCAAAUGGGUUCCCGGAGUUUUUGGAGGCAAUGACGGAAAAUACGUUCCUGAUAGCCGCGGCAGUUCCAACAAUGUGAGACCUGUCACCCCACCUACCACUGGAUCUGUUAUCUUUGGAAACUUCAGAACGACACCAAAACCUACAGUACCAACAGGCUUCGCAACUAGUCCAGUUUCACGCUUCCCCACAACCACCAUUCCAUUCAUACCAAAACCGACGCCAGGAGUUGGUCAAUUCACCAAAGGCGGCCAAGGUCAAUUCACCAAGGGCGGCCAAGGUCAAUUCACCAAGGGCGGCCAAGGCCAAUAUUCUAAGGGCGGACAAGGUCAGUAUGGCCUCGGAAGCCGAGGACAAGUUGGAGUCGUCGGACAAAGCCAAUUUUCUCAAGUAGGAAAGAGCCAAGUUGGUCUUGGAAGUCAAUUUGGAAGAGGACAAGUAGCUUUAGUAGGACAAGGUGAUGCCACUCAACUAGGUGUCGGCCAAUACGGUCAAGGACAGUACGGUCAAGUAGGAAGAGGUCAAAUUGGUGUUACCGGUCAAGCAGUUAACACCCAAUUGGGCGUAGGACAGAACGGUGUAGUCGGACAGGGACAGUAUGGUCAAGUAGGAAGAGGGCAAAUCGGUGUAGCAAACCAAGGACAGUUUAGUCAAGGUGGUCGUGGACAAAUCGGUGUAGUAGGACAGGGACAAUAUGGACAAAUAGGACGAGGACAAACUGGCAUUGUCGGUCAAGGAGUAAAUACCCAAUUGGGCGUAGGACAGUUCUCUCAAGUUGGAAGGGGUCAAGUCGGAGUAGGCCAAGCCGUUGGGGUGGGACAAGGGCAACUAGGCGUAGGACAAGUAGCCGGACUAGGACAGUUCUCUCAAACUGGACGAGGACAAGUGGGAGUUUUAGGACAAGGCCAAAGCACUUUGGGUGUAGGACAAGUAGGCGGAGGCCAAAUCGGCACAGGCCAAACUAACCUUAUAGGAUUAGGAGAAGGACAAGUUGGCGUAAGCCAAGUAGGGCAACAAGGACAAGUUGGUGUAGGACAAGUAGGACUAGCUGGUCAAGGGCAAUACUCACAAGUAGGAAGAGGACAAUCUGGGCUAGUUGGUCAAGGUGUAAUCGGAGCUGGCGUUGUCGGCCAAGGCACACAGUUAGGAGUUGGGCAAAUAGGAGUAGUCGAUCAGGGUGAAUACACUCAGCUAGGAACUGGUCAAAUUGGUGUUGGUGGACAGGGACAAUACUCACAAGUCGGCAGAGGACAGAUUGGUGUAGGCAAUGCUGGUCAAAUAGGAGCUGGAUCGCAAGUGACCAAUGCUUUCUCUAGAGGACAAGGACAAAUUGGUGUUCAAGGCAUUGGUGCCCAAGGAGUAAGCAGUCAAGGAGCCAUAGGUAAUCAAGGAUUUGGCAUACAAGGAAACGGUGGUCAAGGACAACUUGCAGUUCAAGGAAUCGGUGCACAAGGAAUUGGUGGACAAGGGCAACUUGCAGUUCAAGGAAUCGGCGCACAAGGAAUUGCUGGACAAGGACAGUUUGGUAGCCAAGGCAUUGGCGCACAAGGGGUUAUUGGUCAAGGACAGUAUGGUAGCCAAGGUCAAGGCCUUUUAAUCUCCCAAGGACAAGGAGAAGUUGUUAGUCAAGGUCAAGGACAGUUAGUGUCACAGGGUGAAGGGCAACUUAUUAGUCAGGGACAAGGUCAAUUUGGUGUCGGUGGUCAAGGACAGUUUGGAGUGGGUGGAAUUGGACAAUAUGAAACUCAAGGACAGGGACAACAAGGCUUUGGAGUGAUUAACCAAGCCAGUGGUCUCUCAAAAGCCUCAGGCCAACUUGUUACCCAAGGCCAAGGAAAUAAGGUCACCCAAGGACAAGGCCAAAAGGUCAGCCAAGGACAAGGCCAAAAGGUCAACCAAGGACAAGGUCAAAAAGUCACACAAGGAAUAGGCCAGUAUGUAACCAACGGGCAAGGAACCAUAGUGAGCCAAGGAGGUGGCGCGUAUAUUGAACAAGGGCAAGGACAAACUAUUUCUCAAGGGUUUGGGUCUGGCAUCAGACAAGGCCAAGGAUUUGCAGUUGAAAACGAGUACGGAGAAUCAGUGCAGAGGGUCUUCCUACAGAGAUACAAUGGAGAUGGAAAGUGCGGACUUCUAAAUCCCCAAAGACCAUACGGUAACAAGGCAGAUCUAGAAGUAGACUUCGCGGAGAUCCCAUGGCAGGCUAUGGUAUUGCUGCAGACCAACAGGAGUCUCCUUUGUGGAGGAGUCAUCACAAGACCUGACGUUGUCGUCACGUCCGCUGCCUGCGUUGAAGGCCUUCAAGCAAAGAACGUCCUAAUCAAGGGUGGAGAAUGGAAACUAGGAAUCGACGACGAACCACUACCAUUCCAGAUUGUGCAAGUGAAACACAUCCUCCGUCAUCCCCUAUACAAACCCGGAAGCCUUCUCUAUGAUUCUGCAGUACUAGUAUUAACCGAGAACCUGAGGCUAUCGAAGAACAUCAACCCAAUUUGUUUGCCGAGUUCAAAGGAGUCAGUCGCACCCUUCUAUAAUGGAGUUGGAGAGUGUAUCGUUACUGGAUGGGGCAAGAUUGUGUUACAAGCUCACUUAGAGGGUGCUAUAAUGCACAGCCUGAACGUGUCGCUCAUCAACCCCGGAGAAUGCAAAGCGAAGUUAUCUUCGGAUUACCCUCAUCUCCUGGAGCAAUACAAUGAAGAUAGCUGCGUGUGUGGACAGCCUACUAACCCCUUGAACAACAUUUGCAAGGUGGAUAUCGGAAGUGCCCUGGCGUGUACCAGCGGUGAUGGUCGAUACGUGAUGCAGGGCGUGUAUUCUUGGGACUCAGGAUGUCAAGUCGGCAACCAGAUUGCAUCAUUCUACAAAUUCGACCUCGAAUGGUACGAAUGGUCCAUUGGUUUGAUUGAGAGCGUACGAUUUGCGCAGUUCACCACCAUCACCACCGGAAAAAUAACAGGCUUCAAAAGCGGAGUACAGACCCAGUUUGGAGGUGUCAAUAGCCAGUUCGGUUCCCAAUUUGGUUCUGGUUUAAAAACCCAGUUCGGUGGAGCCAGUGAAGGUUCAUCAGGAAUUGGAUUCUCAGGCGUCAAAGGCUUCGCUGUUUCCGGUAAAGGCCAGUACGGUUUCGAAGGAGCCGGUCAAGCGGCCAACCAAGCACAAUUCUCAACCAUCAACCAAUUCGGCAAAUUUGGGGCCCAAAACUUCGAGUCUGGUUUCAACACCCAAAUCAAUCCCCCAAUCAAUAAAGCGUUCAGCGCGUCUUACUCAGAGAAAAAAGUAUUCCAAACCGAACCUAAAAUAAUAACUUACACGACUAAACCCGAAAUCGUUACUUAUACGACAAAACCAGAGAUUUUCACUUUCACAACCAAACCCAAAAUUGUCACAUACACCACCAAACCCAAAUUUAUCACCUAUACAACGAAACCAAAAAUCAUAACGUACACAACCAAACCACAAAUUAUCACUUACGAAACUUCAGGCAGUGGUACUAACCCCCAAUAUGUCGCCCCUGGAGUAACAUUUAACCCUAAUUUCUCUGAUUUAAUUGGACAUAACCACGAUUCUCAGUGUAAAUGCGCUAAGAAAUAAUUUUAACAGUAUUUAAUCUCCCGACAGCUUAUUGCUGAAUAAGUUAUCAAUAUUUGAAAAUGUAUCAAUAAUUUUAUAUCAGCGCCCUCUAUUAUUAUAGUGCCAUAAUGUUCAUACAUUUGUUAUAUUGGAACAAUUAACUUCAGUUCCUAAUUACCGAAAUCAACAAGCUUAAAGAUCUAACAGGCACAUUCUAAUGAACCUACACUGAAUUGUUAUUUCGAACUGAAUCGUGCCUUUUUAUUGUAAACAAAAAUGUAAAUACAUAGGUUAUAUUACAUUAAGGGCUUUUUCCUUCAACUUUUCUCAACUAUCGAAAAGUAUUUGUUACCAUUACAGCUUACGUUAAAGCAUAAUUUGUUUAAUACGGCCUUACACUGUUGGUGAAAAAAGGCCAUAUAUACCUUAUAUAUUAUACGGCUUCGCGUAAAAACUGCCAUUUUAAUAACAUAAGCACGAUAUUUUUAUAAGAAAAAAGUAUUUUUUUGACGAUUUUUAUUUCGAAUUAGACUUUUGACCAUUUUGGAGUUACUCCGAAAUGGUCGACUCUCUAAUAUAAUUGGUAUAAGAUAUAAAAUAAGUUUAUUUUUUAUAUAAAAUGUUAUAUGAUUAUAGGUAUGUAGUCAAUAUGUAGUAUAUAUUGAUCGAUUUUAUAAUUAUAUUAGGUUUAAAUAAAUGGAGGUACUUUACAAAUA